GAACGACUUAAGAGCCGGAGAUGGGACGCGUUCGCACUAAGACCGUGAAGAAGUCCUCUCGACAGGUCAUCGAGAGGUACUACUCCAAGAUGACCCUCGACUUCCACACCAACAAGAAGAUCUUGGAGGAGGUCGCAAUCAUCCCCUCCAAGCGGCUCCGCAACAAGAUUGCGGGCUUUUCCACCCACCUUAUGAAGAGGAUCCAGAAGGGCCCGGUCCGAGGGAUCUCCCUGAAGCUCCAGGAGGAGGAGCGCGAGAGGAGAAUGGACUUCGUCCCCGACGAGUCCGCCAUCAGGACCGACGAGAUCAAGGUCGACAAGGAGACCCUUGAGAUGCUUGCUGCCCUCGGGAUGAAGGAUAACAUUCCCGGUCUCAUUGAGAUUGAGCCACAGGCUAUGCCAGUUCAGUCUUUCGGGCGCAGGGGUAGGUAUCCGGAGAUGGGACGUGUUCGCACCAAGACCGUGAAGAAGUCCUCUAGACAGGUCAUCGAGAGGUACUACUCCAAGAUGACCCUCGACUUCCACACCAACAAGAAGAUCUUGGAGGAGGUCGCAAUCAUCCCCUCCAAGCGGCUCCGCAACAAGAUUGCGGGCUUCUCCACCCACCUUAUGAAGAGGAUCCAGAAGGGCCCGGUCCGAGGGAUCUCCCUGAAGCUCCAGGAGGAGGAGCGCGAGAGGAGAAUGGACUUCGUCCCCGACGAGUCUGCCAUCAGGACCGACGAGAUCAAGGUCGACAAGGAGACCCUUGAGAUGCUUGCUGCCCUCGGGAUGAAGGAUAACAUUCCCGGGCUCGUUGAGAUUGAGCCACAGGCAAUGCCUGUUCAGUCUUUCGGGCGCAGGGGUAGGUAUUAAGGCAAUGCUAUCGCUCUGAGAGCUGUAAGUUCAGGUUUUGUCCAUUAAUUUUUGCUUUUUCAGCUGUGCUUCUUAUUGUUUCUUUAUGGGUGAGCUAUGAGAGUAGUGCUGGAAAACUGUGUUAGGAAAGGUUUGUUAUACAUCGGACUCUGUUCGCAUAAUGAAGAGUUAUGUCUUUUAUGGUUUUCUAUCUA